AUGGCCACACGCCCGAGCCGCUACCGCUCGUCCACUUCGGCCUCCAACCCACCGACGACGACCAAGGCUGCCGAGGUGCUCCAGGACCUUCUGAACGGCACUCUCUCGGUGAUAUCUACGCCGUCGUCCGGCUCCGGCGGCUACCCCGACAUCCACUCCCUCCUAAAGUAUGUCCGACAGGUCCAUCAGCACCUCACCGCCCUUGCCCCACCGAGCUCGGCGCAGGAUGACUUCCGCCACCUACACGGCUUCCAGCUGCUGCUGAGCAUGCUGCGGUCGUUCUCGGGGUUUUACAACCCGCAGAAGCGCAGCGACCCGGAGAAGAAGGCCCUGUUUGAGCUGCUGCACGCGACCCUAGCUGUCUUGUCGGCGGCGUUUCGCGGCCACCAGGGCAACCGCCGGUACUUCCACCUCCGCGUCGAGGGCGGCGGGUGGGAGGCACUGGAUCAGAUCAUUGCGAGUAUCGGGCUGGGCGUGAGCGACUCGGACCUGUGGAGCAACUGCCAGCUUUUUGGCAAGCUGCUCGCCUUCGCCCUGGACGACCAACGGAUGGACGAAGUGGCCCAGUGGAUUGCUCAGGACCGGGAAGAGGGUGUGACGGUAGAUGUGGAGGAGAAAGAAGAGAAAGAGGAGGAAGAAGAGAAAGGAGAGAAAGAUGGGAAAAAGGAGACAGAGGAGGAAGAGGGACAAUCGGAACAUACCGAGGAGAGAGUGGAGGGAAAGGAGCCCAAGACGAACGGGAUGAACGGGAAAACUGCUCCGGAUGCCCAAAGCAGCACAGUCGACAUCUCGCAGUUGAAGGCCAAGCUUGGUGUCAUCAUCGGGCCCAAGACGGUGCUGCAAAACGCAGAGGUGAUGCGGACAGUGAUCGGGUUCUGGGAGUCGAUUCCGCGGAGCCAUGCCGGCGCAUCGGACCCGGUGUCUCUGCUCGUUCUCGAGACGGUCGCCGCAGUGCUCUCGAUCUCGUUCUCCAACCUGUCAGCGCUCCACGAGACCGGGAUCCUCUCGCGGUUCAUGCACCUCUAUUUUGCGGCGGACUCGCCGCUCAGUGCGGACGAGCGCGCACGCAUCCUCCCGAUCUGCCGGUCGAUGAUGUGUCUGGGCGUCAACCAGCUGGCAGAUGCGCAGUUUCUCCUCUCCAGCACCGAUCCGGCCGCGUCCGAGUUUUGUCUGGCGAUGGCGGCCAAGUACAGCGGCCCGCCGUUUGUGCAGUUCGACCUGUCGCGCCGCGGCUACUCGUCCAUCGAGCUACCCACUCUCGGCCGCUCGUUUCCGCCAGCCAAUGCGGGUUACACCUUUACGUGCUGGCUGCGUGUCGACACGUUUGACCCGCGAUCGCACACGACCAUCUUCGGCGUCUUUGACGCCACGCAGACCUGCUUCCUGCUACUCUACCUGGAACGAGACACGCGUAACUUUAUCCUGCAGACGUCGGUGACGUCGUCCCGUCCCAGCGUCCGGUUCCGGUCUGUGGGUUUCGAGGAGGGCCAGUGGUACCACGUUGCGCUGGUGCACCGCCGGGCCAAGGCACGGGCGUCCCUGUAUGUCAACGGCGAGUUCGUCGAGCAGGUCAAGUCGGCCUACCCACUGCCGCCACCACCAGCACCGGGCAGCGGCAGCGAGCCAUUUGUCUCGUUUGGCGGCAGCAGCCGGGUGAAGCUCAAUCCGGUGCAGGCGUUCCUGGGCACGCCCAAGGACCUGUCGGUGCAGGUUGGGCCGGGGAUGAUCUUGUCGAAAUGGUCGCUGGCGUCGGCCCACCUGUUCGAGGACACUCUGAGCGACGACUUUCUGGCCGUACACUUCCGGCUUGGCCCUCGCUACCAGGCCAAUUAUCAGGACAGCCUCGGCGGCUUCCAGACGUACACGGCAUCUGCUAGGCUGGCCCUCCGAAACGAGAUCAACGCGGGCAACGACGACAACUCGGACAUUCUGCGGGCGAUUCGGGACAAGGCGUCGUCGAUUGUGCCCGAGUCCAAGAUCUUGAUGAGCACGCUGCCGCGGUCGACGUUCCGGACAGACGGGACCUUUCUCGAGUCGCUGCUGUUCCGGUCACUGUCGCGGCCAUCGGCGGCCAACCUGCUGACGCUGACGGCGAAGAGCGGCACGGCCGUGGCGAUCAACGGGGCGCUACCGUGCAUCAACGACGCGCUGCUGCGGUCGCAUGGCGUGGCAGUGCUUACAGGCGACCCGGUGCUGGCGACGCCCUUUUUCUUUGACGAUAACCUCUGGCGGCUGGCCGGAUUCACACCACUGGCACUGAAGCUGGUGGAGCGUGCGACCACGGCCGAAGACCUGCUCCGGUCGGCCGAACUGGUGUUCCUAUGCACGAACAGCAGCUGGCGCAACAGCGACGCGAUGGAGCGCGAUAACGGCUACGCCAUCCUGGGCAUGCUGCUGCGUGCCAAGCUCGGGGUCAGUCCGGUGGCAGCGGCUGGCCUGAGUUCGGACAGCUCCGGCGGCUCCGGCUGGCGGGCUCCGGCUGUGACGGGCGACCGACGGGCGACCAGCCUGCGGCUGCUCCAACUGAUCCUGUCGUUUGUGGGCUACAACCACGGGGAUCCGCUCGAGUCACUCAUCAUCAACCCGCUGGCGUACCGCAUUCUGCUGAUCGACUUCGACACGUGGCGCAAGUCGCCGGCACCGACACAGCAGCUGUACUACGAGCAGUUCAACACGUUUGCCGUCAUGAGCAAGUUUCAUCAGUUUAAUAGCCGCAGGCUGCUGAGGAUGAGGAUCACCAAGCGACUGCUGGACGCAAUGAAGGUCGAGACGGUCUCGGAGGAGAUCAUGCCGUACUUUAUCAAGUCGUUUGAGAGUCUGAUCCGGUGCAACUACAACGCCGAGGUGCACCGGGCCCUGGCGCUCUACAUCACGUACGGACUCCACACGCCCAGUGCGGCGUCUUUUCUGCGGGCGGCACGACCACCGACGGCGACGGGCAGGCCGCGGAGCAACACAACAGGACGAGUGCAGCGAAGCGCGACGCUCAGCUCGGCACGGAGCAUGAUGUCGUCCGAGUUCGUGGCGGCGGAUGGGAAUAGGCCGCUGCCGAAGCGGCGUCUGGGGAUUGAGAUCCUGCAGUUGUACGAGCAGCUGCUGUGUGAGAACGGCACGGUGGCGAACAUUCGCAAGUUUGCGCGCACGGUGACGAACAAGUGGCUGCUGUACCUCCUCUCGGCCGACGACGCGGUAGUGGUGGUGAGCGGCGGGCGGAUCUUGUCGCGGCUGCUGGUGACGCAAGGCGCCAGCUACACGUCCAAGUUCAGCAGCAAGACGGGCGGGUUCUGGAUCAUGGCCCAUCGGCUGCGGCCGUGGUGGCACAUGCCGGCGGUCUGGAUGAGCGUCUUGGGCGUGCUCUUUGGCAAGGACGUCGUGGGGAUCAGCGCGGAGGAACGGGCGUUUGACGAAGAGGCACUCGCGUCGAUCUUUGGUCCGGGUGCCAAGGUGGUCUAUCCGGACGCCCUCUUUGCCGUCGUGUCGAUGCUGCAGCAGGGGCUCAACGACACGCUCAAGUGCGAGGGGACACCGGACAGCGAGGCGGACGGCAAGCGAAAGGCAGCACCACUGGAAGCGAUUAUCCGGUUUCUGGGCAGCUGUCACCGGCAGUCGGCCGAGUUCCGCGACUUUGCUCUGUCGUCCGAGUACGUGCGGCUGCUCCUGUCGGCACUCUUCCCGUCGGUGGUGGGCAUGGAGGCGCUCGCGGCCGAGACCGAGCUGAACGCCAAGGACACGCCACUCCUGUUCGACAGCGGUGACAACAAUAGCAGCCGGCCGGCGGCGGCGUCUUCGUCAGCGAUGGUGCGGUCGUCCAGCACGACAUCAAGUCUCGCAUCGAGCGUGCACUCCAGCAUUGGCGGGUCGACGGUGGACUUCACGUCGGACUCGACGGUGCUCGCGUCGGUGGAGUCGUCGAUGCACUCGACAUCCGGGCGGCCGGCACUCUCGCCCCUCACAGGCGGGACGACAUCGCUGAACCGGCGGUCGUCGUCAUUCAUCCUGCUGACGACACAGGCAGCGCCCCCAUCAUGGCACGUGGCACGACUGGCAGCACACGCAUCACCGCGACGGCGGCUGGCGGUGCCGUCGCAGGCCAGCCGGAACAGCGUGCAGCAGGGGCUCCUGGGGCUGAUCGUGGACGUGUUCGUCGACCAGGAGCACCAGACCUUCUUCGAGUCGUACGUGCUGCGGGCGACGACACAACAGCUGGAACAGAAGCUGCGAGAAGACAUGGACGUGGUGUGCGAGCCCAAGGUGCUGACGAACAUGGGGCGGUUCGCAGUCAACAUGGUGGAAGCGGUGCUGGACGGGACGUUUGUGGACGGGGUCGACGUGCUGCUGGACUUUACGGGGCGACUGCUGGAGCAUCUGCACCGGCCGGACGUGGCGGCACUCAAGAGCGUGCGGCUAUGCAGCCAGGCGGUGACGACGAUCCGGACGUCCUUUCUCAAGCUGGUCCUGUUCCGGCUCUCAGACGUGGGCGAGGGAGAUGGCGAGGACGAGAACGAGAAGGAAAACGAGGGCGAAGGCCAAGGGAACGGCGACCUGGACGGGCUGCCGGUGCUGGAGCGGAUCUUCUACUGGCAAUCGGUGUUUGUGGACUGCCUAUCGAUGGAGUCAGCAGCGGAAGAGUACUACCUGAAGCUGGUGCUGUACCAGCUGUACGCGCGGCUGCUGGACGCCGAUGAGACGGCACGACUGGCAGCAGCGAGCCUGUGGCGGGCUGGUGCUGAUCCAGAAGCCGACAGAGUCAGCGACAGUGCUGCGACAGUGCGCGACAGCGGAUCAGCCUGCCACCUGGCGCGGUCGUUCCGGCACCUGACGGAGGUGGACGAUGGGGCCUUUCUGGAGUGGGUGGACCAGCACCGGCCGUCGCUGGACGCCUUCUUCCUCGGCGGCAUGUCGCGGUUCUGGGAGGACUUUGUGGCGUUGGAGAACGGGCGGGCGGCCGAGGGAUCACGACAGCGAGCAAGCCGUCGACGCGACCGACUCAAACAGUGGCACACGGAAUCGCUGGAGCGCGGCAACGUGCUGCUGCGGCACGAGAUGGCCAACAGCGCGUGGAUGAAGAGCAUCUAUGGGACAGAGCACGCCAAGCUGCAGCGGCUGCUGCAGGACCAGCAGGACGACCUAGCCUACCUGGCAGCGACGUUUGGCAAGAUGGAGCGCGAUCUGCGGCGGCCGGGCGCGGUGUUCGCCGAGGCCGGGGCACCGAUCAAGUGGAAGCUGGACCGGACAGAGGGCCGCAACCGGAUGCGAUUGCGGCUGCUGCCCGACUCAUCGGCACGGACCAAGGAGGAGCUGCAGUCGCGGAAGAAGGCGUUGGACGUGGCAGCCGGAGGCGGUCUGGCAGCACGGCCAUCGUCCGCGAAUCCGUCAGGGAGUCCGUCAGGGCUGUCGCCGGUGGUAGGAAGUGGACGGACGGCACGACCACCAUCAGCAUCGAUUGGGGGGUUGGUAGGAGGAGGAGAACGAGGGGAACGAAGAGAAGCGGAAGAAGGAGAAGCAGGAGAAGCAGGAGAAGCAGGAGAAGCAGGAGAAGCAACAAAGCCAGACAUGGGGGUGGCGACGGCCGAGGACGACUUUGAGCUGAUCGAUGACCCAAACGAGCCGGAGGCAGAUGACGGAUUCGAGGACAAGAACCGCAAGGUGAUGCGCCGGCUAGAGCCAGGUGACGUGGUGCUGAGCGUGAGCAACGUGUCGCGGAUCAUCGGACUGGACGCGUGCGAAGGCAUCCUGAUCGUGGGCAAGGAGGCGCUGUACCUGAUGGACAACGUCUUCCAGUGCCGGGACGGAGAGAUUGUGAACGCGUGGCAGGCGCCGGCAGAUGAACGAGACCCGUUCUCGCAGAUCAUCACGACCAAACCAACAGGCAACAGCGGGGACGAAGGCGGCGCCAACAGCCGACAGCAGACACAGACGCAAAAGGCCAGCAGCCUAGAGCAGGAGUCGCGCAGCUGGCGAUGGAACGACGUGAUCAGCGUGUCGAAGCGGCGAUUUCUCUUCCGGGACGUGGCGAUCGAGGUGUUCUUCCGCGACGGGCGCAGCUACCUGCUGACGAUGAUCGACAAUGGCAAGCGGGACGAGGUGUUUGGGCGGCUGACGGGCAAGAUCCCACACGCGACAGGACCGACGAGCGCGCUGACAAACCCGGACGACGCAUGGCGACUGGAAGCACUGCGAGUCGUCGACGAGGGGCCACAGACGCUGGGCAGCAAGUUUGGCAGCAUCUUCAACACGUCGCCGUGGAACCCGGCGAUGCGACGGUGGCAGCGCGGCGAGAUGUCCAACUUCCACUACCUGAUGCUUGUCAACACGAUGGCCGGACGGACCUUUAACGACCUGACGCAAUACCCGGUCUUCCCAUGGGUGCUGGCCGACUACACGAGCGAGACGUUGGACCUGGAAGAUCCGGCGACGUUCCGGGACCUCUCGAAGCCGAUGGGGGCGCAGACGGCGCAGCGACAGGCAGACUUUGCGAUGCGAUACCAGACGCUGGCCGAGAUGGGCCAGCCGCCAUUCCACUACGGCACACACUACUCGUCGGCCAUGGUGGUGUCGUCGUAUCUGAUCCGACUGCCGCCGUUUGUCGACUCGUUUCUGCUGCUGCAGGGCGGCCACUUUGACCAUGCGGACCGGCUGUUCAGCUCGGUGGCGGCGGCAUGGCGGUCAGCAUCACACGACAACGGCUCGGACGUGCGCGAGCUGAUUCCCGAGUUCUUCUGUCUGCCCGAGUUUCUCGUCAACGUCAACGGCUACGACUUUGGGCGGCGACAAGACGGCAGCACGCUCAGUCACGUGGAGCUGCCACCAUGGGCCAAAGGCGACGCUAGCGUAUUUAUAGCGCGGCACCGCGAGGCGCUGGAAAGCCCGUUUGUGUCGCGCCAUCUGCACCGAUGGAUCGACCUGGUGUUUGGCUGCAAGCAGCGCGGCGACGCAGCGGUUGAGGCGCUCAACGUCUUCCACCACCUGUCAUACCACGGAGCCAUCGACCUGGACAACAUCAAGGACCCGCAGGAGCGCGCGGUGGUGACGGGCAUCAUCCACAACUUUGGGCAGACGCCGCGACAGGUGUUUUCGCGGGCGCAUCCGUCACGUGACCCGGCCAUAAGUCCGGCACGGCGACUAGACGUCGGGUCCGUGGCCGCGCUGACCCGGCUGCCGCACGCGAUACUGGAGAGCCACGAGCGGGUGGCGUCGUUGACAUACGUGCCGCGGUUGGACCGGCUGCUGUGCGCGUCGCCGUUCCGGCUGAACCUGCCGCCCUUUUACGACAAGUACCUGGAAUGGGGCUAUGCGGACAACAGCAUCCGGUUCUACUUUAGCGACAGCCGGCGGCUGGCGGGCCUGUGCGAGAACCUGCACACGGGGCAGAUCUCGUGCGUGGCGUUUGCGGACUCGAAGACGCUGAUCACGGCGGGCGAGGAUUGCGCGGUGUCGGUAUACGCGGUCGAGCAGGGUGGCAGUGGAGGAGGGAGUGGGACGGGAAGUGGAGGAGGAGGAGGUGGAGGAAGUGGCAGCGGCAACAACAGCAGCGACAAGUCGGUGGAGCUGUUGACGCGCAGCUCUCUCUUCGGCCACAAGACGCCGGUGACGACAGUGGCGACGUCGAGCGCGUUCAGCACGCUGCUGACGGUCAGCCAAGACGGCGUGGCGAUGCUGUGGGACCUGAACCGGCUGGAAUUUGUGCGCAAGCUGCCGGGCGUGCGGCCGGUUGAGUGUGCACGCAUCAGCGACGUGACAGGCGAGAUCCUGCUGUGCUCGGGGCCGAACGUGGUGCUGUACUCGCUGAAUGGGGAUCUGCUGCUGGACCAGAACGUGUGUGGACGGACGGGCGAGACGGGCGCCGACAUGGACAGCGAUGCGGACGAGGGGGAUUACGUCCACUCGUGUGCGUUCUACGAGGGUGCGGCCUGUGAGUGGCUGGCCGACUGCCUCGUCUUUACGGGCCACCGGCGCGGACGCGUCAGCGUCUGGCGCAAGGCCGUCGGUCCGCACGGUCGCUGGCUGCUCGAGCUGGUGCGCCACCUCGAUCACGUGGACGUCCGAUCUGAGGCGGGCGCCAACGUGGACGCGGCCAUCACGUGCAUUGCGCCAAUGCCCCAGCUGGUGUACACGGGCGACGACGGCGGACGAGUGGACUGGUCAUUGAGUCUGCCGACUACACCUACUCGGAUACGUCAUCGGGACGGGUGCCGGGUUCUCGUCGCCGACCAGCCGGCGCAGCGGCGGCGCCACGACAAACGUGGCCGGGCAGAGGGCGGCGAUGGCGACGGACCAGAACGAUUGACGGCCUCUGCAAGCGCACCGAUUGUGCUCUCUCCCCGACCUCUUUGCUCCGCCUCUGUGCUCCGCCUCUGUGCUCCGACCUCUGCACUGCUCUGCAACAGCGGCAUCCGGCCUCACCACCUCACUAUGCCGUCGCUCCGGUCCUGUCUGUCGCUGCUCGCGCUGGCCGCCGUGUCGGCCGUGCAGGCCGUCAGCUCCAGCGGACCACGGCUGCUGGCCAUCUUGGACGACGUCGCCGACCGGUCGGCAUACUCCCACUUUCUCGGCGACCUCGAAAGCCGUGGCUUCUCCAUCGCAUACGAGACGCCCAAGAGCGAAUCGGUCGGGCUCUUCCGUCUGGGCGAGCGAGCCUACGACCAUGUCAUCCUGUUUCCGACCAAAGCCAAGGGUCUCGGCCCCCACCUCACGCCCCAGCUGCUUGUCCGCUUCCUCAAUGCCGAGGGCAACAUCCUCGUCGCCCUCGCUAGCGGCCAGCCCGCCUCCACCUCGGUCGUCUCUCUCCUGAGCGAGCUCGACAUCGCCCUGCCGACCGAGCGGACAGGCCUCGUGGUCGACCACUUUGCCUACGACGGCCGCGCGGCUGCAGACCUGCACGAUGUGCUGCUGCUGCCGGUGCCGUCGGCCCGUCCGGGCGUGCGGUCGCUCUUUGCCGACGCAGCCGACGCAGAAGACGGCCUGAUCGCCUUUCCCCAUGGCGUCGGCCACGUCCUCGGCGACAGCCCUCUGCUGGCCCCCGUGCUCUCGGCUCCUCGCACUGCCUACAGCUACAGCCCCCGGGAACAGGCCGAGACCCUCGACGGCGCUGACGACCUCUUCGCGGCCGGCGGCCAGCUCAAGCUCGUCUCCGUCCUGCAGGCCCGCAACUCGGCCCGCCUCGCCCUCGUCGGCGCUGCCGAGAUGCUGUCGGACGCCUGGUUCGAUGCUACUGUCGCACCCACCGGCUCCGACGCCCAGCCCCGCUCCACGUACAACCGCGAGUUUGCCCGUCGCCUCAGCGGCUGGACCUUUCAGGAAACCGCCGUCCUGCGCGUCAACUGGAUCGAGCACGCACUCGCCGAGCAGACUGCUACCAACGAGACCAACCCAGCCCUCUAUCGGGUCAAGAACGAAGUGAACUACGCUGUCUCCCUCUCCGAGUACCUCUGGGACAAGUGGGUGCCGUUUGUGCCGCCGGCCGGCGACGAGGUCCAGCUCGAAUUCUCCAUGCUGUCGCCCUUCCACCGGCUCGGGCUCAAGCCGGCGCCGGCACUGUCGACCGCCACCGCUGCCGCCUAUAGCGUCUCGUUCACGUUGCCGGACCAGCAUGGCAUCUUCAACUUUGUCAUCGACUACAGACGGCCGUUCCUCACGUACCUCGGCGAGAAGAUCACUGUGUCGGUCCGCCAUAUGGCCCACGACGAGUGGCCGCGCUCCUUUGUCAUCUCGGGCGCCUGGCCGUGGAUCGCCGGCAUUGCUGCCACCAUCACUGGCUGGCUUGGCUUCUGCGCCCUGUGGAUGUACUCGGCACCAGUCCGGCCGACGCCGCCGGGCAAGAAGAACCAGUAG